UUGACCAUAUAUAAGACACAUUUUCCCCUUCUUAUUCCCAAUAAUACUUAUUAUUAUAAAUACCAAUUUCUCUCCCACUUUCUUUCUUUUCAUUUUUUUCAAUUUCUUCAUCGCCUUUCUGCAAAAUCUGAAUCUCUUUUACCUUUGAAAGAUGGGAGGUGGCAAGGACAAGCAUGAUGAAGAAGACAAAGGACUGUUCUCAAAUCUGGCUUAUGGGGUAGCUCAUUCUGCCCAUGGGUAUCCUUCUGGGGGCUACCCUCCUCCAGGGGCGUAUCCUCCUCCUCAAGGAUACCCAUCUGGUCAUGGCUACCCUCCACAACAAGGUGGUUAUCCUCCAGCUGGUUAUCCCCCUGCAGGUUACCCUCCUGCAGGUUACCCUCCUGCCGGGGGUUACCCUCCUGCUGGUUACCCUCCACAACAUGGCUAUCCUGCGCCAUCUGCUCCACAUGGUUAUCCUGCUCCACAUGGAUCUCAUGGGUCUGGACACAGCGGUGUGGGGACAGGAGCAUUGCUUGCAGGUGGUGCUGCGGCAGCAGCAGCUGCCUAUGGGGCUCAUCAUCUUUCCCACGGUCACCAUGGAUAUGGUGGACAUGGUGGAUAUGGACACAUGCCGCACGGCAAAUUCAAAAACCAUGGCAAGUUUAAACACGGGAAAUUUGGCAAGCAUGGAAAAUUUAAGCACGGGAAGUUCGGCAAGGGUAUGUUCAAGAAGUGGAAAUGAUGAUAGUUUGAGUAUAUGCAACAGCUAUUCUAAAUGCUGGUGCGGAUUGCCUUUAUAAAUAAACUCUACUUUGUUUGAUGUCCAUCCAUACUUUGGUGGAACUCUAGUGUUUUUAAUUAUUUUUUAGUCAGACAAAGAUGCAUCAUCGAUUCCUUAUGAACGGCAAAUAGAUCCCUGGAUGAUAUGUGCGAGGUUGCAGUUCCUUUAGCAAAGGAUUGAUUAAUGUCUAUUGUGUUUUCUUGUGUGUACCAUUUUAGUUUUAGCCUGGGUUGAUUCUACUGAAAUGAGAAUGGAUUCAUGACUGUCUUUAUAAGAAGACAUUAAACCCAA